UGCAAAAUAGUGUUUUAGAUGACUAUGUGGAUAAACUAAUGAAGACAGUAUAACUAUAUGUACAACCUCAUUUAAAAGGUCUCUAAGAGAUUAAUUAAAAAAAUACGAGACAAGCUCUUCGUUAGAAGUACGUGUCUAUAUGAUUCUCUAUACAUAUUGUCUCUUAUUUGUGUUUAUGAUCCAAAGGUAUAAAAUUGUAUUGCACUUGGAAAACCGACCUAGAGUCGCUGAGUUGUAUAUGCCCUAACACACAAUUUCCCUACCUAUGUACUUGGCUCAUGUGUGUUUUUUGGGAAGGUAAAUUUCAUUCAUAGUUUAAAUACAAAAUACAAAGAUGGAGCAAAAAUUGCCCUAUUAAUUUUUUCCAUAGCUAUCUAAGGGUAUGUUUGGAUCCCAUGAACAAAAGCGAGAUGAUUAAAGUUUAGAGGGUGUUUGAAUGCACUAUAACUAAUAGUUAGUUGGCUAAAAAUUGUUAGUGGAAUUAGUUAGCUAACAAAUAGCUAUAUAACUAUUAACUAAUUUACCAAAAAUAGCUAAUAAGCUGAAAUAUUAGUUAGGUUGUUUGGAUGUCUCAACUAAUUUUAGUCACUAACUAUUAGUUUUAGUGCAUUCAAACAUCCCUUUAGUUACUUUGUAAGCUAAAGAUCCAAACAGAAAAAAAACUAAAAGUGAUUAAAAGAAUACAUUUUUACCAUUUUACUCACUUUUAGCUCUUGUUUAGAUUUUUAGCUUCUAAAGUGACUAAAGUUUAGUCACUUUAUUUUAGUUCAUAGGAUCUAAACAGACCUUAAAUAUGUUUCUAAAAACUAAAGUGCUAAUUUUCACAUAAAUCAGAAUAGAGGCAAAAAGGGGGCAAAACAAGAGGAUAAUCGCGUUGACUAUUCAUUUCACGCAAAUCACCUUACACAUUAUUGCUAAUUUAUUUUUAAGUUUAUGUGAAACACUCGAGUUCACGCUUCAAAUGUGUAUAUAUACUCUUACGAAGUGGGUACAGUUCCUGUGCUCCAUGUCUAAAGAUAGUCUUCCCGAGCUCAAAUUAGCCUCCUAAACUGAUGAGAGGGAGCAAUUCGCGGGAGGUGGUCCCACCAUUUCUUCCCUGUCAACCUCUUUAACGCUCCUAACGACUUGUCCCUUCCCUUCCCGCCAGUUUCUCUUCGCCUCCCGCUCUACCUCCUACGAUCCGCAGAUACACAGGCCCGCGCUUCCCCUCCUCUCGCAGUUCUCGCGUCCACUGUACCGGAGCUCCACCACGGCCUCCGGAAAGAAACAGAUGAAAGACAGCGACGGCGAGGGCACCGGCGGUGGCGUCGCCCGCUCGCACCCCUCCAAUCUCCCGCUUCCGACUCCACAGUCCGACCCGAACCUCCAGUUCUCGGGUGGGACGGACGAUGAGUCCUCGAGCCGGAAUAGCAGCUCCUCUGCCACCGGCGGCGCGAGCCCCGGGUACUACUCGGACUACCCGUCUAGCUUCAGCGGCGAGUGUUCGCCGUACAACAUGUCCCCCUGGAACCAGACCAUGGCGUCCCCCUGGUCGCACCACAACGAGGCGUCCGCCGCCGGGCUCGGGGGGCCGCCCACAAUGGCGCCGGGGACGAGUCUCAUCAGCUCGCUGGUGAGGGAGGAGGGCCAUAUCUACUCGCUCGCCGCCAAGGGCGACACGCUCUACACCGGCUCGGACAGCAAGAACAUCCGCGUCUGGCGCAAGCAGAAGGACUCAGGCGGGUUCAAGUCCUCGAGCGGCCUCGUGAAGGCGAUCGUCAUCUCCAGCGAGCGCAUCUUCACGGGCCACCAGGACGGCAAGAUCAGAGUGUGGAAGGUGUCGCCCAAGAACGGCAUGCACAAGCGCGUGGGCAGCCUGCCGCGGCUGCGCGACUUCCUGCGCGGCUCGUUGAACCCGUCCAACUACGUCGAGGUGCGCAAGAACAGAUCGGCGCUGUGGAUCCGGCACAGCGACGCCGUGUCGUGCCUGAGCCCGACGGACCCGGCGCAGGGGUUCCUCUACUCCGGCUCGUGGGACCGCACCUUCAAGGUGUGGCGCAUCAGCGACUCCAAGUGCCUCGAGUCGGUGGUGGCGCACGACGACAACGUUAACUCCAUCGUGGCGGCGUUUGACGGGCUGGUGUUCACGGGCUCGGCGGACGGCACGGUGAAGGUGUGGCGGCGCGAGCAGCAGGGGAAGGGCACCAAACACACGGCCGUGCAGACGCUGCUGAAGCAGGAACACGCGGUGAACGCGCUCGCCGUGAGCGCCGUCGCGCCGGUGCUCUACUGCGGCUCCUCCGAUGGGCUGGUCAACUUCUGGGAGGGCGACCGUCACCUCGUCCACGGCGGCGUGCUGCGCGGGCACAAGAAGGCCGUGUUCUGCCUCGCCGCGGCCGGCGCUCUCCUGCUCAGCGGCUCCGCCGACAACACCAUCUUCGUGUGGCGGCGCGACGGCGGGGUGCACUCGUGCCUCUCGGUCCUCACGGGCCACACCGAGCCCAUCAGGUGCAUCGCCGUCGUCGAGGACAACGGCGAAAACAGCAGCGAAUCCAACGCCGGUGGCGCCGCCGCCGGAGGGGGGUCGUCGUCGGCGUCACGGUGGAUAGUGUACACAGGCAGCCUCGACAAGUCGAUCAAGGUGUGGCGCGUCACCGACGAGGCGCCGGACCCGCUAUUCCACGGCGACGGCUUCGGGGCCAGCGGCUCGACGUCGUCGUUCCGCUAAGACGAUUUGUCUGACCGAUCACAUGCAGCAAAAAUUACAUAUACCGGUAUACGUCGUCGUCUCACCUCACAAGAAAAGGUCUUGGAGGGACUAAAUUAAUUACAUUAACAGAAGGAUCUGCUGGGCCGCUAUACAUAUACUGCGUUAUAUAUACUGUUGGAAAUUAGGUCAAAUGAGACGGUAUGAAAAAUCUAACUUGUGCUGGGCACGAGCCACAUGUAGUUUGGCCAUCUUUUUGUGACAGGGAUGGUGAAUUUAGUUAGGUAUACAUUUGCUUUUUGUAACUUUGCAUUGGUAUAAGGGAAAUUUCCAACA